GCUCGCCUCGUGCCCCGGGCGCCUGCUUCCUCCGGAGGGACGCCCGGACCGCUCGCCUGGCUCCCGCACCCGCCUCGCAGGUCCUCGGCUUCCCCUCGCCGCAGCCCCUUUCCGCCCCUCCUGCCUGCGCGCGGCCGGCGUCUCCGGGCCGGGAUCGAGGUGGCUGGGCGUGGGGUGGAGGUGGGGCGCAGGCUGCCUUGCGCUUCUGUCGGGGGCCGAGGGUUGGAGGUGCUCGCGGACUAGGCUUUGGGCCGGCGCUGGGAAGGGGGCGGCCUGCGGCGGUCGGUUUAGGGCUUUGUACCCGCGGGAACUUGCAGGGGCACCUGUGGGGCUGAGAUCUGGAGCCACCUGUCCGCAGAGCCCCUUUCCCCCAUGCUUGGGAUGUGUCCAGCUGUUUGCAGAUCUAGGCCUUUACCAGCUUCUGGCGAUUAGAGUUUAUUUUGGAAUUGUUAGAAUUUUGUGUGAACGAAUUUACUGUCGUGCAACAGUUGUGUAAAUCUGGUCAAAUUACGCCGUCGUUAUUAUGUGCUGCUGAGAAGGCCCUUUCCAGCUCCUAACGUUAUGCGACGCGGUGAUACUGGCAGCGCGUGGAAGAAAUGCAUAACGAGAUGCUGGCUCUCAAGGAACUAAACCGUUUUGUAUCUUCAUAAUGGAAUUAUAUAUAUAUGUAUUUUAUAGCAAUUAUACUAUCGGGGUGGGGGAAACUCACUUGGGAAAAGCUCAUAGCAAUCUCAUUCUUAAGAGCCAUUAUUGACAAUUUAGGGGUGCAACAACGUGUAUUCGUAUGUUAUGUAAAUGCGGUACUAAUGCGAUCUGCUUGUUUUUACCUACGAUCUGCUUGUUUUUACCUGAUGCACUGAGGACGUUUCCUAUAUCAAUGCAUAAACAUCCUUCCAUUGCCUUCUCAAUUUGUACUGACUUGGACCCAAAUCCUGGAAGGCAAGAAUUUUCUUCUUUUUCCUGCAUCUUGGGCAGUGGCCAGCCUUAGUAAAGAAACUCGUUAAAGAUAGGAUAAAAUAUCACCACGAUGGCAAAGAUACUGGAUAAAAGUAAGCGGCAUUAAGAGUAACAGUCAUCUUCUAGAAAAUACUGUUUGUUCUGCUUAAUAAUUUGAGGCAGUUUUUUUUCAAAUUGCAGUUUUCAUCCCAUUAGUAAAUUGUGAAUUUAAUUUUGUGGGUCAUAACUAACACUUUAAAAAAACGAAAUAAGAUAGCAUGGAAAACACCUAAUACAUGUAAUGAAAUGAGGGUAUUGCUUUAUAAAAUUUUGUUUUAACUGUGUGUGGGGGUGUGUGUGCAUGUAUGUCUGUGCCUGUGUGCUGGGUUGUGAUAUAAAAUGUAUUGCUUCCUGUGUGUCAUGCUAAUUAAAUUUCAAGUCACUCACCCAAGGUACUGUUAGCACUCAUCUCAGAAUGGGAACAGUGAUGCAGUUAAGCUGAAUGUUAGUUUUACUCUUUUCUUUGGAAUAUGUGACAGUGUUUACUGCAGCAAAUGAAAUUCUUAAUUAUUUGUUUUCACUUCAUAUUAAAACAAUCAAUUAGUAUUCUUGAAAAUACAGGGAGGACGUUUCAGAGAAGCUAAGAGAUAAAGAGCAUACACUGCUCAGAUUGAUUUAGGGUCAAAUCCCAGCUACAACGUUGCUGGUGUGUGACCUGGAGCAAGAUACACGCUUCUUUCUAAACCUCAGUUUCCUGAUUUGUAAAGUGGGAGUUACCAUAACACUAACCUCAUUAAGUAAGCUGUUUGAGAUUUAGAGGAGUUAAGGCGAGUCAAACUGUUGACACAGUGCCUGUAAUUCACUAAAAAUUGGCUGCUAUUAUUUUAUUAAGACUGAAGGGAGGUAUCCAGGAUAAUGCUUGAAACCAGAGGUAAACCAACAUAAAUAGGUGGAUAGUCCAAAAAAAUGGGAAGUUGAAAAUUAGUUAAUGUGGUAAAGAAAGGGACCCUGAAUUACGAUGGUCUUUUUAUAUUAUUUUACCAUUGUUAUGUGACUGCUUCUCAGUCAUUUUCCUGUUGCUAGACAGAUUUAGAUUAUUUUAUUCAAUAAACCAAAUGCCCUUCUGCUGUCUUAUUUGAUAUUAAGUUGAUGUUUCUCUUGUCAGGCAAUUGAAAAAUAUUUCCCAGAGGGAUUCUGGAUUUUGUUAGCACUUAUUUCAACACCGCAAUCAGCUUGAGAAAAUUACUACAACCCUGAACUCAUUUCAACUAUGUGUUUAUCUCUGCAGCAGGUACAGAUCUCAGAUGUUUUCCAGGAUUAAUACAGCCGAUGAAAUACCUGCCCUUUUCUGCCCAAGAGCCCGGUUUAAUUGAUUUUUUCCCCCGUAAGUUUGGGAAGUCAGAAAAUCAGAAUUUAUCAUAAUAAGAAGUAAUAGUUUGAGUAUUCAAGGACAAUAGCCAUUUGACUUUGGUUAUUCAGUAUGCAGAAAAGACAAGGAUAUUGCAGCUAUUGCUGUGUGCGCUAUUAUAAUCUGGAAAAGAUGAUUUUGAGAAUCUACUAGUUGGCAGACAGACACUGUUUAAAGUUCUAGGGAUACGACCAUGAACAAAACCAAGUCCCUUUAUUCAAGAAGCUUACAUUAUAGUGCGCAUAUGUCCAGUGCCCAGCACCGACACUUGACCUCACAGAGCAGACAGCGGAUGUGUACCAGUAGUUUGAUGGAACGCUUCUUGCAGGAUGUACUGCGGCACCACCCGUACCAUUGUCUAGAAAGCAGAUCAAUGCAACAUGAGAGACUUCUUAGGAAUACUGCGUCACCUCUUGAAGUGGUCCCAACUGAUGAUUAUUUUCCAGAAGAAACGACUGAAGAUGCUACUGGAGUCAGAGGAGAGAGAUCCACCAAGGGUUUUGAACCUACUAAAGAGUUAUAUUCUAGACCUAGUAAAUCUCUGGAAUGUAAACAGGAUGUUUCAAUUCGACCAUCAGUUAUUCAAAAACUGGAGAAGGGGCAGCAGCAGCCCUUGGAGUUUGUUCAUAAAAUUGGGAGUGGUAUGAAAGAAGUCAAUCCAGUAGGUAUUGGUCAAGCUACAAAUAGACAAAACUUAGUAUAUCCCUCAGUGAUUUCUAAUGCUCCUGCUAGUUGUUUACCUGAAAGGUCUUCUGAUAGACCAGUUGCAACUAAAACCACUGUGUUACCACCAGCAGCCCCUUUGGAGUCAGUUAUCAAAUGUGACCCAAACAAAGUUGACAGAUACCUUGAACAGCAAGACAGGGACUCCAGAAAUCCUAUGCUACCAUCCCAUCCAGAAACUUCAUCAGUUCCAUAUCAGAAACCUAAAGAAUCAAAUAGGAAAUCUCUGUGUAUAAAGUCAGAUAAAUUAAUUAUGCAGGACGAUAGGAAAUCAUGGGCUAAUAAACCUUUGUCAACUGGCUUUAAAUCCCGUGAAUAUAUGGGUACUGAGGGCUCCUUAAAAUUUGAAUCGCUUUCCAAAUUAGCUGAAAACCCAGCAAUUAACCUUAAUAAAACUGACCUGCCUUCUAAUAGAGGAAUCUGUGAAGGUACAAUUCCAAAGCACCAUGAGAAAUUCUUUCCUAAUGUGGAUCGUACCCAAGAAGAAAAGCAUUUGGGUUUUAACAAGUCAGCCUUUUUGGAACAGAAGAGCUCAGUGAGCUCUGAAAUGAAGUUUGCUUGUGGCUCUCUUCAGUCAGUAUCUUGUCAACCCGAAGAGGCUGUACAAGACCUUUGGAAGGAGGAGCAAAUUGACCAAGAAGAUAAGAACUAUGAAUCGAGAUAUUCUGAAGUGAGUUUUGAUUGCAGUUCCUCUUUUCAUUCACUGACUGACCAAUCUAAAGUGAUUGCCAAAGAAAUAAACCUUUCAAAGGAAGUGCAUGCUGACUUACAGCAUAGGAAUAUUAAAUCUUGUCUUUCUGAAAUAAGUUCUCAUCAUGAUGGCUCUCUCCAUUUGGCUACCAACCGCACUCGAGUAAUUGUUAAAGAUGUAAGUGUUCAGAAGGCAAAGCCUAUUAGCUUGGUUGAUGAAAGCUAUGAAUCUAGUGAUUCUGAGGUUAAUUUUGGUUGUGAUGCCUCACCUCAGUCAACUGAUGAUUACCCCCAACAGCCUGUGAAAGAAGUAAAUGUUCCUAAGGAGGUACACGUUGGUUUGGUUGAUAAGAACUAUGGAUCUAGUAGCUCUGAAAUAAGUGUUGAUUCUGUUUUCCCACUUCAGCCAGUGGUUGAACGACUCCCAGUGGUUGUCAAAGCCACAAAACUUCAGAAAGUUCAUGUUGGCUUGGUUGAUAAGAGCUAUGGAUCAAGUUGUUCUGAAACAAGUUUUGAUUAUGAUGUUUCUCUUCAGUCAGUAGUUGGUCAUUCCCAGUUGGCUGCCAGAGACAGAAACCUGAAGGAUAGGCACGUCUACCUGAAAGAUAAGAAACAUAAGCCCAGUUGCGAUAAAGCAUAUCAUCAUUGUGAUUGUGUCUCUCCUGAGACAGUGACUGAUGAACCUCAGGGUGCUGUUGAAGAAAUAAAUCUUCUGAAAGAGAAGAAUGACUGUGAAUCUCAAGGUACUGAAAUGAGUUUUCACACGGAUGCUCAGAUAGCAGCUGACCCUCAAGAAAUAGCCACUGACCUGGAGAAUAAGAGUGUUAAAUCUAGCAUUUCUUGUCUAAGUUUUGAAUCUCAUGCUUCCCUUUCUCAGUCAGCUAAUGAUCAAUCUCAAGGCUCACUGGGUGAUAUAAAUCUGAAAAAGGUAAAUGUUGACAUGGACGUUAAGAGCUAUGGGUGCUCCAGUUCUGAGUUGACUUUUGAUUCUGAUCCACCUCUUCUGUCAGUUACUGAGCAUUCUGAGCUGAAUGUUGGAGAGAUAAGAAAAGAGCACUUUAACUUGGAAAAUGUAAGCUGUGAGUCAAAUUGUUCUGAAAUAACUUUUGAUUCUGAUAUUCCUCUUCGCUCACUAGGUGGCCAGUCUCAAGAAGCUGUUUAUGGAGAGGAACCUCUUGAUCUGGAAACUAAGAGUAAUGCAUCUUGUGUUUCUGAAAUAACUUUUGAUUCUGAUAUACCUCUUCAUUCAGGGACUGAUCAACCUGAAGUAGCUGUUAAAGAAAUAAUCACUCCGAAAGAAGAGUAUGUACAAUUAAGAAGGAAGAAUGAUCAACGCGGUGGUUCUGAAAUAAGUUUUGAUUCUUAUGCCCAUCCUUAUUCAGUGACUGCGCCUCCUGAAGUAGCUGUUAAAAAGAUAAAACUUCAAGAAGAAGAGCAGGUACACUUAGAAAGUAAGGAAAAUGAACCUAGUGUUUCUGGAUUAGGUUUGGGUUAUAAAGUUUUUCAAUCAAUGACUGGACAUUCUCAAGAUCUCAGAAUAAACCUUCAGAAAGAAGAGCACAUACACUUAGAACAUAAGGGUAGUGAACCUAGUGUUUCCGAUACCAGUUUGCAGUCUGAUAUUUCUCUUCAUUUAAGGGCUCAUCAUCCUGACAUACCUGCUAGCGAAAUAAGCCAUCAGAAAGAACAUGUAAACCUAGAAGAUAAGGGUAAUGAAUUAAGUGUUUCUCAAACAAGUUUGAAUUCUAAUAUUCCUCUUCAGUCAGUCAUUCAUAAGCCUGAAGUAAGUGUUAAGGAAAAAUGGCUUCAAAAAGAAAAGCAUGUUAAGUUCAAAGGGGAAAGGGCUGAAUUUAGUGGUUCUGAAAAAGAUUUAGAUUCUGCUGCCCCUCAUUAUUCAGUUACUGAUCCUCAAAUUGCUGCUUCUGUUGCCUCUCAUUUUUCAGUGACUGGACCUCAAAUUGCUGCUUCUGCUGUCCCUCAUUAUUCAGUGACUGAACCUCAAAUUGCUGCUAAAGAGAUAAAUGUUCAGAAAGAAGAAUAUGAUAUUCUAGAAAAAAAGAAUGACAAUUGUGGUCCUACAGUAAUUUUUGAUUCUGGUGUCCCUCCUCAGUCAAUGACUGAAAAACCUCAAAUAGUUGUUUUGAAAGAGGACCAUGUUGACCCAGAAAGUGAAAAUACUGAAUCUAGAAGUUUUGACACAAAUUCGGGUAUUGAUGCCCCUCUUCAUUCAGCCGUUGACCAAUCUCAGCUAGCUCUUUUGAAGGAAAGAAACAUUGAUCUGGAAACUACAAACACUACAUCUAGUAAUUAUAAAGUAAGUUUUGGUUCUUUUGAUCCUCUUCAGCCAUUGUCUGAACAAUUUCAGGAAGAGGCUAAAAAAACAGGCCUCCAGAAGGGAGAGGAUAUUGGCCUGGAAAGUAAGGCUGAUGAACCUAGUGGUUCUAAAUUAAUACAUGGUUCUGGUGUUUCUCUUCAGCCUGUGGCUGAUCAACCUGACAUAGCUGUUAAGCAAAUAAACCUUGAGAAUGAAGGUCAGGUGUACUUGGAAGAUAAGAACAGCCAAUAUAGUGGUUCUGAAAUGAGUUUGGAUUCUGAUUUCUUGGUUCAGUCAAUAGUUGAUCAACCUCAAAUAACUAUUUUGGAGCAGGAGCAUAUGGAGCUAGAAGAUAAGGACAGUCAGUCUGGUGGUUCUGAAAUGAGUUUUGAUUCUGAUGACCCUCUUCAAUCAGUGGCUGACCAACUUAGAGAAACUGUUCAAGAAAUAAGCCUUUGGAAGGACGAAGUUGACGUGGAAGACAAGAGGGAUGAAUCGAAGGGUUUGGAAAUUACAUAUGAUUCUGAUGUCCUUUUUCAAUCAGUGGCUGGCCAAACUGCAGAAGUUGGUAAAGAGGUCAACCUUUGGAAGGGGCAUGUUGACUUGGAAGGUAAGAUUGUUGCACCUGGUGAUUCUAAAAUAAAUUUUGACUCUAAUCAACCUCUUUCAUCUGUGGCUAAUGAAAUUCAGCAGGCUAUUACAGAAAUAAAUCUUCUGAGAGAGGGACAAGUUUGUCUGGAUGAUAAAGGCUAUGAACCCAAUGGUUCUCAAAUAAUUUAUGUUUCAAAUGUCCCUCUUCAAUCAGUAGUUGAGCAACCACACAUUUUGGAAGAGGAACAUACUAAUUUGGAAGAGAAGAGCAGUGAUCUGUGUGGCUCUGGAAUGAGUUUUGCUUCUGGUGGUCCUCUUCAGCCAGUGGCUGACCAGCUUCAAAAAACUGUUAAAGAAAUAGGUCUUUGGAAGGAAGACCAUAUUUACCUGGAAGAUAAGACCUAUAAACUAGGUGAUUUUGAAGUAAGCUGUGAUUCUGAUACUCCCGUUCAUUUUGUGGCUGGUCAGUCUUCAGUGGCUAUCAAAGAAAUACACUUGGAAAAGAAGGAUCAGAAUGACUUAGAAAAUGAGACCUGUGAACCAGGUGUAUCUGAAAUUAAAUGUGGUUCUUGUGUUCAUCUUCAAGUUGACCAACCUCAAGUGGUUUGCAAAGAAAUACACCUUCCGAAGAAACAGCAUCUUGGCAUGGAAGAAAAGACCAGUGAACCUAGUGAUUCGGAAAUGUGUGAUUCUGAUAUCCCUCUUCAAAUAGUCGUUAAUGAAGGUGACGUGACAGUCAAAGAAGCCAAUCUUGAAAAGAUGCUAUAUGUGGACCUGGUGACCCCUGAUAGUGAUUGUGAAAUGAUUGCUGAUUCUGAUAUGGCUUUUCAGCAAGUGAUUGACUCACCUCAAAUGACUGUCAAGGAAAUCAGCUGUAUAAAUACAGAAAGUUUUAAUCUAGAAGGUGCGAGCUAUGGCUCUUGCGGUGCUGAACUAGGAUACAUUUGUGAAGCCACUCCUCAAUCAGUGACAAACCCAUCCAAAGACACUUUCAAAGUAGUAAACCAGAAGAAAGACUAUAUUAUUCUGGAAGAGUCAAGCUGUGAGCCUUACGGUUCUGAAAUAAGUUUUCAAAUUGAUCCAUCUUACCAGUCUGUGACCUACCAAUCUCAAGAGCCUGAAGAAGAAACAGCGAAAUAUUUUCACCCAGAAGAUGCAAGCUGUGCAUCUAGUAGUUCUAAAAGAAAUCUUGAAUGGAAAGACACUCCUCAGCCAGUGACUCACCGACCACAGAAAGCUGACAAGAAGGUCUACUCUCGGAAAGAUGGGAAAAAAAAAAAAAACCUAAAAGGUAAGAAAUGUGAAUCUAGUGUUUCUGCGAUGGAUUGUAAUGCCGCUCCUAAGUCAACAAUCCAUCAAGUUGCUGAUAAAGAAAACCUUUUGAAAUUAAAACGUACAGAUAUAGAAAGUAUGAGCUGUGAACCUUCUGGUUCUGAGAUGAAUUUUCAGCGUGAUUCCUCUCUUCCAUCUGACUCUGACCGAACUCAAGAAACUAUUAAUAAAACAGAACUAUCUAAGAUGUCAUCUGACCUUAAAGAAACAAACCGUGUUUCCCAUUCAAGCUCUAUUCCCAUGGUUGAUUCUGUAAGGAACCCGGAGAAAGCAAAGGAUGUUGUAGAAGACAAUUCUGAUGAACCGGUUCUUGAAGCCUUGCCUCAUGUCCCUCCUUCAUUUGUGGGGAAAACAUGGUCUCAAAUAAUGAGAGAAGAUGACAUGAAAAUUAAUGCUCUUGUGAAGGAAUUUAAGGAAGGCCGUUUCCACUGUUACUUUGACGAUGACUGUGAGACCAAGAAAGUAAAAAAAAAAAAUUCAAAUGAAGGAAAAAAGAUUACCUGGGCUGACCUCAGUCAGGGCAUUGCAUCCAUUCAAAUUUUUUCAGACUGUGAUGAUAAUGGAGGUGGUAAUUCAGAUACUGAUGACUUUUCAGUGGCCUUAGAUAAACCUACCCAUCAUCCUAUAGCAAACAAGCCUUAUGAACAAAAUUUGCAAGUGACUUCUCGAUGCCAAGCUGCAAAAGUCAGCCAUGGAACUCAAACCAAUCUCAUGGAUAAUUUGGGGAAGAAAAGAAGAAGAGGAGAAGAGGCAGACUUGCCAACAAGGAAGCAAUCACCCGCACAGAAGGACAAACAGACAAAGAGGAGAGUCAAAAUCGGAACACUUGAAUUUCCAGAAUCAUGUACUACAGUUUUGAAGCCUUUGCAACCCAAUGCCUUAGUCUAUGUUCUUUCUUCAAAUAUGAAGCUGAAGAUUGGUGAACCCUUCAAUUUAUCUCACAUAAAGCACCGCCAUGGCAAAAAUAGUCGGGAUGUUACUGUACAGUACAAAUAUAAACGGAGUCCCCUUAAUUAUUAUGACCCAGUGAGUAAUCAAAUUGUAAGUAAUCCUCCUGUGAACAGAGAAGUGCCAGAGUCUGACAGGGAUAACCUGGUUCAAAAUGAUUUUAGUGACCUAAACUCCAGUGCGGAAGAUAACGCUCAUGUACAAAGUCCUGCUUCAGAAACUUUGAUGACGUGGUCAGUAAGAGAUGAAUUGACGGGAAAUCAAGGGGCUAGUGUAUGUUCUGAGUUACUGGGAAAAUCAGAGACUUUGAAUUCUGGUGAAGUUCCAAAGGAAAACAGUACACAGUCAACUCUUGUAGAUCACGACACAGCCCAAACCUCUUCAAAAUCAGUUAGGAAUAAGAUUUUAGAACGUAAAAAGAAAAUUCAGAGAAAGAAGAUGACAGCUAAUAACAAGCUAGAUUUUCCCAAAAAGGCUUCCAGACAAAUUAUUGUCCAGCAAAAAACCAGAAUCGCUUCAAAAAAAAAGUCAAUUUGGAUUCAUACCAAACUAAAUGAUAUAAUUAGAAAAUAUAUUCCAAAAUACUCUGUUUUUUUGCGUCACAAAUACCACCACUCCAGGAGCACUUUUGUUAGAAUGCAAUUUAGGAAGAAAAAACCUCGUGUCAGUAAGAUAAAGGAGGCAAAGAAACCAGCCCAAAAGCUUUCAGACUCCUCAGUUCCAUCAGCUGAUGCAGAAGAGCCCUUAAACACUAUCGCAGACUCUUCCCCCAAGCAACUUGCACAGGAUUCCUCCAGUGUUGAAGAAAGGAAGACGAAUGGUAAUAACGAACGUCGUAGGAAAAAAAAGAGAAAGCAUUUUAAGCCUGUUAAAAUAUAUGCUUUGAGAAGUUUAAGUGCUCAAAUACCAUAUUCUGAUAGGAUGAGGACUCGGGUACCAAAGAAAUCAUGAGGUAAUGAGGUAAACUGGAAGUGUUCGUUUUCAGGCUAGUUGAGGAUUUGGUACUGCAAGUGAAAUACAUUUGGUACUUAGUAUACAUAGCUCUCCCAACUUUGGUAAAAAAAGUAACCUUCAACUAUUUUGCUAUAGACAUUAUUUUUCAGAAUUUUUAUAUUCAUUUAAAGUUAGUGUUUAAAGCCCUUUUUUUUUAAAGAUUCAAAAGCACCCUUUGUCCAUUUGCUGUAGACCUUCACCUUAAUUUAUAUCACAUAAUUUAGCACAAUAUAUACAGCUUUCUCCCUCAGGUCAUGUCCCUCUUAUUUAUUUUUUAUGAUUGUGUCUCAUGUCAGGUUAUAAUAUGGCAAGAAUGAAUGUGACAAACAUUACAUGCUAUCUUUUAUUUUUUAGAAAUUGGAACAAAUGAAUAUGUACUUACAUUCUGUGUGUUUCAGAGUGGCAUUGUCAAUAUCAUAUUCUAACUGGAUAAUUAAAAAGAACUGUAAUAAAUGAUCUCAACUUUUGAGUGGAGGUGACUUAAAUAAUCACAAACAAAAUAUAUUUCUCUCUCUUUUAAAAGCAUCCUAGAUAAUGAAAUUCCAUAGCCUUUAAUCCAGCUUUUUAAAAAACUGCCUGGUGAUUUUAUAUACAUACAUAACACAAACUCCCCCUGCGUUAUUUACAUUGGAUCUGCAAGUCUCUAACUUUACUCAUUUGGACACAUGCACAUAUACAGGCUCCGUAAGUUUUUCUUUAGCGUUAUUGGAUCUUAAGGGGAAAAUGACCUUGCCAGUGUAAUUACUGCUUUUUUACCACCUCUGUUCCCUUCUACCUGAAGGGUUCGUGGUUUAAUAUUGGAAAUCCAGGUUAUCUUACGACUUUUAUCUCUUGAUUUUAGAUGUUACCAUUUUUUAAUAGCUUGAACUGAAACAAUUGGUAAUUUGGGCAGACCAUUAAUUGUCACUAACAAAUUAUAUUCUUAAUAUUUUAAAAGCUCUAAUAUAACUGAUAACCUAAGGGGAGGCCCAUUUUGCAAGUGAGAAACUAUGUAUUUGUAUGUUUGGCAUUCCUUAAACUUGCUAACUGAUGAAGAUGUUAAGAUACACAGUUUAGGGCUGAGGCACUCAGAAUAUGUUUUGAUCCUUUAUUCAGAGACACUGGUUGAGCUUGUACAGGUGCAUCCAAUUAUCCUGUUAAGCUAAGAUGCUGGAUUCGUUUCUAUCAUUAAUUUUAAAGGGAAACAUGAAGUUCAACUAUAUUGUACAAACCAUCUUUUAUUGAAACUAAAUCAGUGUACCAUGAUUUCAGACAUAAAAAUGUGUUACCUUAGAGUUAAAUGUAGUGUAACAGUUGGCUUCUAAAUGUAGUUUUAUUUCAGGGGCCAUUAUUUAACCUGUGGGUGUGUUAUGAUGGUAUUAUGUUGUAAUUUCUUCUAAUUAUGUGGAAAAAGUGGACAAAUGUUUAUAUUUCUAGUUGCAGAGCAACUUCAACCUUGCCUCAUAUACACACAUAAUUUUAGUUUCCUUUCUUAAAAUAUCACUGUGGGCCACAGAUUAAAAUAAUCCCCCAAUUGCAAUUUAGGAAGAAAACUGUCCAACUGAUUGAGAAGUAAACAAGAAGCUAACACAUGAAAAUAUUCCACUUGUGGGUGUUGGCAUCUUUUUUUCCCUAUGAAGUAGACACGUAAUUCCCUUAAGUACUAUUAGUAGGCAUUCUGCGUGCUUUUAGUGUAAGUGUAAAAGCAAUUGAUCAUAUGGAAAUAAUGUACUAUGUAAUUAGGAUAUAUCAUAUCAAUUGUGAUUACAUCAAACAGAAAGGACAAUUCUUAGAAUUCCAGUGAUCAAAAACUUAAAUUUUACUACCUUUUCACAGUGGAAAUUCUCCUAAAUACCAAGGAAAAAGGUUUAUAUUUUAAAUUUAUAUUACUAGAAAUAUAUACAAUACAGUUCUGAUGAUUUUUUAAAAAAACAUUUUGGAAUGUUUAUUAAGUUCCUUUGAUCAUUAUUUUUGACAAGCUUGAAAAUGUGAAAUUGUAAAAGUUUAAUUACUUUCAGAAUUCGGUGGGAUACAAGAUGUGCCCCUUUGUCAAAAUAGCUUUUGGCUUAAUUUUCAUAUUAGAUAAAACAAGUGGGUUUUUUUGUGUACUCAAGAAUACAUUAGGUUCUUUUAAUGUAAAAUAUCAAAUUACAACCACAGUGAAUAUUUUAUUAAUCUUGUCCAGUAUCUUGCAUAGAUUUUUAUUAUCAUUCUCCCAAGCUAAACAGUAUGUGGACAGUAUUGUGUGAAGUGUGUUUUGCAGUUGUGCAUUUAAAUGAUUUGUGUGACUAGGGCUCUGAGUGACACUUUUUUGGUAAAGAGAAACUAUAUUUAAAUAUUCAAGCAGAUAUAUAUUUCCACAUAAAACUAAUGUGAAGACUAAUGUAUUUUUUAUAAUGCAGUGUAAAGAGUACAUUUGUUUUUGAAGUUAUCAAGAUGAAGUUUAUCAAAUACUGAAAUUUGUCUCUACUUUCUCCUCAUGUUGGGAAUUUUUUCUGGGAAUAAGGAAUCAGAUUAAUGAAAACAAGUUCAUUUUAUAUAUGGUCUUAAAGGUAAUAAACGAGAGACUAUAAAUGUUGAUGCUGGUGAUGAAAUAGUGUAACCAAAGAUAUACAGGUUAUGUUCAAUGGAAUAGUUAUUUCAAAGGAUUAAAAUUAAACAACUAUUUAUUUGUCUGGUGGAGUGAUGGGUUAACAACUUUUCACUUUGUAUACCUGUAUUGAAAGAGUCGGUGAACAGGAUUGAGUUCAGGAGGCCUCAGUAAUUUAUAUCAUAAUUUGACACCUGCUGGGAAGAGAGAGAACUUUGGUGCCUCCAUUACCAUAAGAUUUGUUGUAAAGGACAAGAAAACAUGGAAGAUUGUACAUAUGUCAUGAGGUUAGGUGCCUUUGGCCUCAGUAGUAGUGACUUCUGAGGUUUUUUGGUCCAGGAUUAUAUUGUAAAUCUAAAAUAACAGCCUACUCUUUAUAAUAAAAAAUUACUAGAGUAAAAACAUGAGAGGGAAGUCCAUUUUCAAUAAAAGUUUUAUAUUUAGAAAAAAAUGUGGAAAAUACUGAAAAAUCAUGUAAUGAAGGAAUUACACAUCUAAAUGUCAAUCUAAGAACAUGAGAGGCUGAGGAAGAGUCUCAACAUUUCCUUACACUUUGUUUAGAGCCCAAAUAUUAGGGAAAUAACAAUAUAUUUAGUGAGUUCCCUUCAUUCUUAUCCUUUAUUUUUAAAAAGUUCUCUCAAAAUAUUUUAAACUACCUUGAUUAAGGAAUAGGCCUAGGGUGACAAUUUUUUGCUGAGCCUUUUUAAGUAUGAGCUUAUAUUUUUUCUAUGUUUAUAAUUUAUUACAUGCAUGUUUUUUUACAUGCAUUUUAUUUUCUUAAUUUAAGCUGGACGUGUGUGUGUGUGUGUGUGGACAUCUUGAGCCUUUCCUCAGUGUUGGGCAUUUUUCUAAGCUUUUAAUCUGUGUUAUUUGAUUUUCACAGAGCUCUUACGAGUUAGGUACUACAAUUGUCACAAAAGUAGCAGAUGAGAAAACAGCCUUAAUUUUGGGAUUAUAAAUGAGUUGUGCAUUUACUGUAACCAAAUGGGGAUUACAGGCCACCACUAAUCUAAUGUCUGUAUAGUUUAGCCUUUUCUGGACAUUUCAUAAAAACAAUAGCGUACAAUAUGUGGUCUUUGGUGUCUGGCUUAUUUUAUUUACCAUAAUGUUUUUGAGGGUCAAUCAUAUGUAGCAUGUAUCAGUAUUUUCUUUUUUAUUGCUGAAUAGUAUUUAUAAUUAAUUUUUAAUGAGGCUGGUAACAAUGCUGGUCUCCUGAUAACAAAUAUGAUGAAAGCUAUUAGGUGUGAGGGUAGCUGUUCCUUUAUGCCUCUCAUACCUGUUUCCUUGAUUACUACCCCAAUUCCAAGACCACCAGAUACCUACCUUUCUGAGCGUUCUUACUCCAUAUGUGGGUGAUUUAUCCUUCCUCUGUCUUUGAUUCUUAUUUCCUUUACUGUCCACCUCGGCAUUCUUUUCACUGUGCUUUGAGAAUUCUUGUUUUCAGUGUUAACAAUCCCCUUUCACAAUGGAUUGCUUGCAGGUAACUGAACUAAGAAUCAUAUCCAAGCUAUCCAUUGUCAUAAUCUACAUGUUCUAUAGAGUCAGGAAGUGUUUUGAUGGUCCUGGUCAUGAUGAACAUUCUUUAUUAAAAUUACUCUCCUAAAUAACCAUAGUACACACCAUCAAAAUCAAGAAAUCAACAUUGAUAAUGAUAUAACCCUUAUUUGAAUUUUGUAGAUUGUCCUAGAAUGUCUUCUAUAGAUCCAGGAUUUGAUCCAGGAUCACACACUGUCAUGAUGUUUCCUUCUGUAUAGAGCAGUUCCUCAGCCUUUCUUUGUAUUUAAUAACUUGACAUUUCGAAGUGUACAAACCAGUUUCUUUGUGAAAUCCUCAGUUUGAAUUUGUGAUGUUUCUUUGUAGUUAAUGCUUUGUGGGUUCCGGGGGGGUGAUUCUGUGAAUUUCUCAGUGUAUCAUAACAAGUGCCAAGUGAUGUCCAGUUUGAAUAAAAGUGGUGAUUAAAGAUA